AUGGUUAAAAUUUCAGUUUUGAAUGAUGCGCUUAAUAACAUUGUCAAUGCUGAAAAGCGUGGCAAACGACAAGUGCUAAUAAGACCUUCCUCAAAGGUCGUCGUGAAGUUCUUAUUAGUCAUGCAAAAACAUGGUUACAUUGGUGAAUUCGAAGAAAUCGACGAUCAUCGUUCAGGCAAAAUUGUCAUUCAAUUGAAUGGUCGUCUAAAUAAAUGUGGUGUAAUUUCACCGCGUUUCAAUAUUAAAUUAGAAGACGUCGAAAAAUGGGUCAACAAUUUACUUCCGUCACGUCAAUUCGGAUUUUUAGUUCUGACCACUAGUUCUGGUAUCAUUGACCAUCACGAGGCCAGAAGAAAACACACGGGUGGUAAAAUUUUAGGUAUAGUUUUUGUUCCUGUGCGUAGAAAAGCAAUGUAUUCCAUAGCAACGGCGAAUGCGAUAUCUUCAACAGCUUCGCAAAAGUCAUCGAUGCUAUUAAGAAGAAAUCUAAAUACUGUUUGUACAAAAAUUCCACGUCAAACUCAAAGAUAUGUAUCGCGAACUACAAAUGUAGCAUUGUCACCUUUAUUUGUAGUUCGUUAUAUUCGACCUCGCCUCAAAUCUUCGUUUUCCAAACCAGUAGACAAUGAACUGAACGCCGAUAACUUAAAACGAACAAACGGGGUAAAUAAAGUAUUAGGGGCCAUUGCUCUUGGUGGUGUCGGGGCAUCCAUUUAUUUUUACCUGCAUGCAAAAGAAUACGAGGAGGAUAGAUCAAAAGAAAGAAAACUAGUUAUUUUAUCACCCACUGAAGCCACUGCAAUGUUAAGAAAGAACCAGUUUACCAGAAUCCUACAAAAUAAAUCUAAGAAUGGAGUUGUAUGGCGAUAUGACACUAAUCAAGUUGCUUCAAACUACCCAAUAGAAGAUGCAAAAUGCGAAAUGAUAUAUAACACGAAUGAGGGGGAUAAAUUGUUUUUCGGAGUUUUUGAUGGACAUAGUGGAUGGAAUUGUUCUCAAUAUAUAAGCAAGCAUUUAAUACCUUUUGUUAAGCAGCAAUUGGAUAUAGCAUACGCAAAUCUGGGGGACAAUAGAAAGAAUAUUGACGAAAGUCAAUUGGUAGGAAACACAAUUCAAAAUGCGUUUUUACGUUUAGAUUAUGAAAUAGUUUUUCGUUCAAUUGAGAAACUUAUAAAUACGUUAAAAGAUGUCAAAGCCAAAGCCUCUGGAAUUAUGCUUGAAGAGGGAGUACUUAACGCGAUAGCUGGAUCGUGCGCAAUAAUGGCAUAUAUUGAUGCUGGUACGAAAGAUUUAUAUAUAGCAUCUACUGGUGACUCGAGGGCAAUUGUUGGUUUUAAGGAUUUAGAGACUGGUGAAUGGAAAGCAACACCAUUAAGUGAAGAUAUGACCGGAAGGAAUGAAAAUGAAGUGAAAAGAAUACAAGCUGAACAUCCUGAUGAAGCAAAUAUCAUUUCAUAUGGAAGAGUAUUCGGUGGAUUAGAACCAACACGUGCUUUCGGCGGUGAACGUAACAAGACACCUCCUUAUGUAACAGCCCGACCCGAAAUUACACAUCAUAAAAUUAGUAAAAGCGACAAGUUCUUGGUGCUGGCCACCGAUGGCUUAUGGGAAAGAUUAAGUAACGAUGAAGUGGCAAAACUUGUUGGCGGAUUUCUCGAUGGAAAACCAAUACAACUAUCAACAUCUGAUGAUAAUGGCGGUGCAGCUCAAGAAAUGCUUUGUUCUUUAUUAUCGUUGCCUUCACCAAUGGCUAGAAGAUAUCGGGAUGAUAUUACGGUGACUGUGGUUUUCUUUGGGGAGGGAAACCCAUAG